AUGGCUCCCGUCGAACCGCCGCCUGCAGGCAGCGUGAUGACGUACGAGCAGCUGCGGCAGGCGAAAAUGCAGGCGACGCAGCGCGCGUUCGCGGAGCUGCAGAGCCUGUCGGCGGAUUUAACCCAGGAGACCCGCCGGCAGGCCGGCGAGAAUCAGCAGCAGAAGCAGCCCCGACGGACGUGGACGCGGCGAAAGCUCUUCGACAAAGUUCGCCGAUCCGGCAGUCUACCCCCUUUCUUCUCCCCCACUUUCUCCGCCGCUCCCCUUCUCCCCUGCUACCCUAACUCCCCUGCUACGCAAUACCUCGAGCUGGACGACAGAACGCCAGAGUGCAGCACCGAACCGCUCUGCCUUGUCUUCCCCCUUCUGCCUACCUUGCUUCAGAACUCCCCUGUAACCCAAUACGUCGAGCUGGACGACAAAACGCCAGAGCGCAGCACUACACGCCGAACCCGAGCCUGGCAGCUUCGUCCCAUGGGCUCGGCAGGCUCGGCCGAGGCUGGGACGGUGGUUCGGUGCGGGAAGGAGGUGUACACGGAGGAAGACCUGAGGAAGCUUCGAGGGCAUGUGAAGCCGUAUGACAUCAGCGUUGAGCGAUUCAAGAACAGGGUCUAUGACCCUGUGAAUGGGAAGACAUGCCACCAAUGCAGAAGACGUUGGGGCUGUGCACCGAUUGUGCGCCGUGCAAGGAUUAACCUGCAAGCCGAUAUACUCCACCGCAUUGCCUUCCUCUGCACCUCCUCUUUUCCUCCUCUGCACCUCCCCCUUUCCUUACAGGCAGAAGACGCUGGGGCUGCGCACCGGGUGUGCGUCGUGCAAGGCUUAACCUGCAAGCCCAUAUUUAGCCUCUCCACCGCAUUGCCUUCCUCUGCACCUCCUCUUUUCCUCCUCUGCACCUCCCCCUUUCCUUACAGGCAGAAGACGUUGGGGCUGCGCACCGAGUGUGCGGCGUGCAAGGAUCGCUCUGUGUGCGGGCAGUUCUGCGGAGACUGCCUGUUCGUGAGGUACGGCGAGAACAUAGAGGAGGCGCUAGCUGACCCCACGUGGGAAUGUCCGGUGUGUAGGGACAUCUGCAACUGCUCCAUCUGCAGAAACCGCAAGGGAUGGGGACCCACUGGACCGCUCUUUCACAAGGUGUGGGGUGCGGGUUACCAGUCGGUUGCACACUAUCUCAUGCUCACUAGGAUGGUCAAAGAUGGGGAGAGCACAGGAGCACGGGCGGAUGGAGGGGUGGAGGGGGGAAGUGGCAGUGAGGAGGGGGGUGAAGCGGAGGGAGGGAGUGACGGAGCAGGAGGAGAGAGUGGGGAGAACGAUGAAGAGGGAGGAUGUGAGGAGGAGGGGGGGCAGGAUGGGAAUGAGGUGACGUUGAUAGAAGAGUGUAAGGAUGGGAAUGAGAAGGCGCGGAAGAGGAAGCGGGAGGUUGAGAGGAGUGCGGUGGAGACGAGGGGACGGAAACAGGGACUCGGGAGGAAGAAGGAAUGUGUGAUCAUGAAGGGAGAGGAGGAAGACGAGAAGGAGAAAGAGGAGGACGAUGAGGAUGUUGUGGAGAUUCAGGUGUGCAGAACGGUGGUGCAAGUGAAAGAGGAGAGGGAGGAGGGGGAGGUGGAGGGAGUAUCGGAGAUCGAGUGGACCAAGAUGACUGCAGUAGAGGAGGAGGGUGUGGAAGAGGGAGAGGUGGAGAGAAAAGAGGAACAAGGCGUAAGGCGGAAAGGGCAGGUGAAAGUCAAGACGGAAAAUACAACAGCGACUUGUGGGAAGAAGACAUUUGGCGGUUCAAGUAUAUGGGGUAUCAAGGGAGGGUCACUUGUUGAGAUAGCCACAGGAGCAGGUGCAGGGAGCGAGGUGAAGCGAGAGGAAAGAGAGGUGAAGCGAGAAAGUGGGAUCAUGACAAGGAGAGCCGCGGCGAGAAUGGAGGCUGAAGCUGCCAAGUUGAAGGCGGCUCAUGGCCGGGUGCUGCGGCCUCGUACAAUACAUGUACCACAGACAGGAGGAGCAGCAGCAGGAGGAGGAAGAGCAGGAAUGGGAAAGGGGGUUGCUGCUGCAGUUGGGGAUAGUAAAAAGGGGACAAAGUCGGGCCUUAAGCUGGUAAUGAGGAGCGCUGUAAAGGGGAUGGGGAAGAGGGGGGGCAGAGAAGAAGUGGAAGAAGAUAAGGCACAGUUGAGGCAUCUCCAGAAGGAAGAGGACUCUGAUAGUGAUGAUGAUGUAGUCGAAGUGGUGGUUGCUAGGACAGUCUAA